AUGCUUCCCUCCCCUCUCGUUCGGGCUUCUUCGUCUCCGACCGCAGGAGGAAGGCUUUUGUCGCGCAGCAGCAGCAGGAGGCGGACUGGCGCGAUUCUUGUGAAAACUGUGUCCACUACUAGGCCUGUUGUGCCUGGGUCACCUGUACAUUCAUAUCUACAUGCGUAUGUGCUUCCGCCUGUACCUGGGCUUAUUUAUACGUCGGCACGGCCCUACAGCGGUAUAACUGCUGAAGCUGCUACGAUGGGAAGAGGAGCUAUUAUUGCUCCUAUUUCCAGCGAGAGUAAUACCAACAACACCUCCAAGAUUGGCGGACCACGAGUAAGAAAGAGGAGAUCAGUGGAGGCAAUACAUACAAAUAGUUGUUUGCACACUCCUCGGGAGGAGUUCGGUAUGCACGAAUAUCUGCGGAGACUUGUGGCGCUGUACCGGAAAUGUGCCACAAGCCAAGAGCGAUCGAGGGGACGAGGAGAUGCUGCGGAUGGACUAUGUAUCGGUACGGAGCCAGAGAGGCAGAGAAUAUCGAGAUCGGAAUCACCAUUAGCGAGGGUACCAGGACGCAAUGCCCGCCACCCUCCUCCUCCUCCUCCUCCUCCUCCUCCUCACCUGUCGUCUAGGUCAGGGCAAGAUGUUGCGGCACCUCUCAGGAGAUCAUACUCGACGUCAGCAGCCAUUUUCGCUCCCUCCUCGGCUCCCGCGUCAUCGUCCUCGUCCUCGUUCCCAACCUCACCAUAUCACACCACUACUAAUGAUAAAACGAGCCGAGAACCUGAUGCUGCACCACGUAAUUCCACUCACAUUGACUUCGACCGCCUCUCCGCGGCUAUACCCGACCAGAGCGUCACUGGCGUAGAUUCCCUCUGGUACGUCGUUGCGACCGCUUCACUGCUAGCAUUCCACAAGGAGGCGGCUGUCGGCGAGCUGUGGAAGUAUAUCAGCCAACGCUGCGCGGACGAAGGCCAAGUUGAUGGCAUUGAUGCACAGGACAGACAACUCCGCAUUGCCAGGCGAAUACGAGAGAGCUGCUUGAAAGCGAGUGUGCUGGUUGGGUUUCCUCGUUGCAUAAACGCCCUCCUCGCCCUCCAAUCCUCCCUCUCCACCAGCCCGGCCACGGAACCCGCCGUCCUCAGCACCCUGCACUCCGACAAACCGCUCCGCACGCUCUCGACCUUCCCGAGCGCCGAAGCGCGCUACACGCGCGGCAAGCGCUUCUUCACGCAGAUCUACUCAAAGCACGCAGAGCGGGUGCUGGCGUCGAUGAGCGCAAGCUCGGCGGGCGACCUGAGCUACUUCGCGGUGUCGAGCAUCUACGGCGAGCUGAUGGCCGAGACGCGGAUCCUGGACGGGCGCGAGACGGUGCUGCUGGAGUUUGUGUGCUGUUUGGCGGACGGGGUGGGGGCGCAGGCGAAGGGGCAUUUCUUCGGCUGCAGGAAUCUCGGGGUCACGGGAGCGGAGAUGCGUGGGGCGGUGGAGCUCGUGCGGCGGCUCGCGGGCCAGCUGGGGCUUGUUUCGUUCCUGGAGCGCGUGCGCGAGGGGGAGUUCCGCUUCCUGGAGAAAGCGGGCUCGUGGUGA